AUGCUUCGAGCCUCCCCUGCCACUAUUAGGUGGUUCCACUCUCCUUGGGACGGAGACCAGCCUGAGUCUGCUGCCCUUACCUCCAGUCUGAGGGUGGUUCCAGAGCCAACAGACACCUCCCCAGGCAAAGUGGACACCCCAGCACCGAGUGGUUCCCCUGCAGCAGAAGUCUCUCCAGCCCGGCCCCCGGAGGGGUCUCCCAUCCGGUCCCCAGUCCAGUCUCCAGCCGAAUCUCCCAUCCCGUCCCCAGCCGAGUCUCCUGUCCAACCCCCGGAGGGGCCCAAAGCUGAGUCUCCAGCCCGGCCCCCCGGGGGGUCCCGCCGCCACCGGUUCCCAGCCCGGCCCCCAGCCCAGCCUCCCGAUGGGUCCCGCUGCUGUCGGUUCCCAGCCCGGUCUCAAGAAGGUCCCCCUCGCGCCAGCUGCCGGUUCCCAGUCCGGCCUCCUGAGGGUCCCCGUCGUUCCAGCCUGCCCAGCCCCCUGGACGGGUCCCUCCACCCUGUUCAGCCUGCCCAGCCCUCGGGCUGCCCCCCGGAGCUGUCCCCCCAACCUGUCCAGCCCCCGGGCCACCCUCCGGAGCGGUCCCUCCAGCCUGUCCAGCCUGCCCCAGGAACCCUCCUCAUCAGUGACACCCCAUCAGCACCCUGA